AUGUUGGACAUAUCCUGUUCUGGGACGCCAUAUGAGAUCGGCUUCAAGCAUGGCUCGGAGGCGCAGACUCAAGUCAAAGGAUCCCUCGCUUUCUACGAAUGGGUGUUUCAGACAAUGUCCAGCAUGGAGUGGCCUGAGGUGCGGCAGCAAGCCGAGGCCUUCAUCCUAUCCAUCUCAUCCAACUACCCCCGCUACCAGAAGGAAAUGCAAGGCAUAGCCGAUGGUGCCGGUGUCUCCUACAUCGAUAUCUUGGCCCUGAACAUCCGGAGCGAGAUCGCCUUCAGCAUGUUCACCGACCCUCAACCUAAUGGCAAGAAAGACAUAGACAGUGACGGGUGCACCAGCCUAGCCUGGAAGACAUCCGGCGGCAAAUCCUUCCUCUCCCAAAACUGGGACUGGAAACCUCCCCAACUGGCCAAUCUCAUUAUCCUCCGGGUCUCCGAGCCAGGCACCGACCGGGUGCCCUUCCAGAUGAUCACCGAAGCCGGGAUAAUUGGCAAGAUUGGUUUCAACGCCAACGGCGUAGGUUGUUGUCUGAACGCGAUCCGGGCGAGAGGCGUCGACCCUAGCCGCAUGCCGAUUCACUUCGGCCUGCGGACGGCCUUGGAGUCUCCCAGUCGCGAAGCGGCGCUCGAAAAGAUCAAGGCCGCCGGCAUCGCGGCCAGCGCCCACAUACUCAUCGGUGACCAGAGCGGCGCGGUCGGCCUCGAGUGCACGCACACGGGCUUUGCGGAAUUGGUCCCGGACUCCCUCGGUCGGGUCUGCCACGCCAACAACCUCGUCCUCAAGCACGCCGGGGUCGAUGAGCCUUUCUGGAUGGAAGACUCUCCCAAGCGCACAGCGAGGAUGCAGGAGCUGGCAACGGCCGAGCUCGGUCAGAAGGCAACACUCCAAUCGGUCAUGGAUCUCUUCAAAGACGAACAGAACUUCCCCGCAGCUAUCAAUCGAAAGCGAGAGGGCGUGAGCACCAGUGAGACUCUCUUCAACGUGGUGUUUGAGUUGACAGAGAAAAAGGGUUGGGUCUCUCUGGGCCGGCCCACGGAUGUAUUGGAACAAGUUACCUUGGGAUUUUGA